UACAAGACAACUGCCGUCCAGCGACACCCACAAACACAAAGCAUCCCUUGAUUGCUGUUGCCACAAUGGCUGCCAACGAGGGCAGAGCAAUCUUCCUCAAUCCCGUCAUUCCGGGCUUCAACCCAGACCCGACCGUCUGCGUCGUUCCGGCAACGGAAUCGAGCCCUACGACGUACUUUCUGUCGACUUCCACUUUUGAGUAUUUCCCGGGUUGCGCCAUCUACACGUCAACGGACCUCAUCAACUGGAAGCUCAUUGGCCAUGCACUUACACGCAAGAGCCAGAUUGAGUUGCGAACCGUGGAGCCGGGAGCUGGAAGCUGGGCAAGCACACUUCGGUACCGGCCGCAGGAAAAGCGUUGGUAUCUUGCCAACGGCCUGUUCCAGAGAUAUCGUCCAGCAAACGACGAACGCAUCUUUCCUCGAGGCUUCUACGUCUGGACUGACAACAUCUGGGAUGAUAACUCCUGGUCAGACCCUGUGUACUUUGACAAUCCUGGAUUCGACCAAGACCUCUUCUGGGACGACGACGGAAAGGUCUACCUUUCUACCACAGUACGCAUGGGGAAGCGCACACCGGGACUCAAGUUGAAGGACUUUGCUAUUCAUAUUUCAGAGAUAGAUAUCGUCACAGGGAGGACCUUGACCCCGCCACAAGUGAUCCGAGAAUCCCCCCAUGGCAUCGCUGAAGGCUCGCACAUCAUUCGCAAAGGGAAGUACUACUAUCUCUUCACCGCUGAGGGCGGCACGGAAGCCGGUCAUCAGGAAUGGGCUUUGAGAAGCGAGACAGGGCCAUACGGUCCGUGGGAGGGGCAGGGCGGGCCUUUGUGGUACAACGGGCCCGACGAGGAGGUCCAACGGACCGGCCACUGCGACGUGUUUGAGGAUGGUCAUGGACAGUGGUGGGCUGUGAUGCUUGGUGUCCGUCCUGUCAAGUCUGAAGGCAAGUUUCUCGAGCCUCAGAUGGGUCGAGAGACAUUCUUGGUUCGAGUUGACUGGGAGGACGAUUGGCCCAUCUUCAAUCAGGGCCGAAAUAUUACACUUCAAACCAUUGGCAGGGGGCCGAUCCGUGAAGUUGCCGUUGCGGAUGAGAACGGAGUCAAGUGGAAGGCGGAUCUUUCCAAGCCGUCCCUUGAGCUUGGCUGGUAUCACAAGAACACACCGACCAAACCCUGUCACAGUCUUACGGAGCGUCCGGGCCAUCUAAGACUCUAUGGUAACUGCUUCGACCUAAGCAGCCCCGAGUCGCCAGCGAUGCUGUUAAGGAAGCAGUCAUCCUUCAAUGAGAUCUUUCGGGUGAAGAUGUUCUUCAAGCCCAGCAGAGCAGGUUAUGAGUCGGGUAUCACCGUUUGGUGGAGCCAGUAUUCCUACGCCACCAUUGGCAUCGGUGCAGUUCAGCCACAAGAUGACAGGCCGGCUGUCCCAACCAUCGUCAGUAGGCAGCCAACAGGCAAGAUCAAUGAGCUCAAGCUCACGCGUCCGCUUCUGGAGUCCCGGAGUUCCCCAGCAUCCGCUUUGGAUUUGGACCAGCCAGUCCAGUUCACCAUCAUAACCAGCCCCACCAAGUAUGAGGUACGCCUCUCUGUCGGCGAGGUCAACACGAACAUUUCUUUCACGUCCGAGGAUUUGACCGUAUUGCCUCCCGUCGGGGGGGCCUUUUGCGGCGUCAUGUACGGCAUCUAUUCAUUUGGCCGAAACGAGCCGGUGCUUGAUCCCUCUGACUUCACCGACAUCGAGAUACUGGAGAUAAGACCAUAGAUCUACCUGGAGAAACCUUUAGAAGAACUUUUCUGCAUACGAACGAUCUGGUUUGCUGUAAUGUAAUUAAAAUAAAAUAAAAAAAGGGUGGGGGGGGGGCCUUUGGCAUCAGUAUCAGCCCAUCUUCCCUGGUCGCUCGACUUCGAAACUGGCCACCUCGUUAACAGGAAUCUUUCGCAAAUCACUGACAGAAUGUUCGCUCCAAGUAUCACCAUGCUCCUCUGGGCGUGCUUGCACUGACCCCAUGGUCAGUGUGGCAAAUCAGAGAAAUAUCCUGCGUCUGCCGUCUAGAUGAACGAAGGACAUUGGUAUGUUUCACCUUGUCAACGGUGUCAAUCGUAACCUCCUGCGGUUUAUGUGUAUCGUAAACAUGCGCUUCCCCCAUUACACAUGCACGGUUUUGUUGGCAUCAUCGGGCUCCUCUCUAACAGCCCCCCGUCGUAAACCACGAGAUCUAGAAGGCUUAAACGCAGAACCUUGACCUACGGAUCCCUCAUCAUGGCUUCGUUCAUCGGGUCAUAACAUUUCAAGGUCUCCCCAGAGGAUUUCCCAUCACUAAUCAGCAAUGAGUUCUCCAGCAAGACCAUUUGGCUCACCGGCUUCGUUUCCGAACAAUCGAAUUUCUUGGGUGAAUGGAUAUCUGAAAGACUUGUCCUCAUGGGGAUGUGUGACAGUUGAGGAGGAUCUCUCGCAGAGCAACAUCGAGAAGGCCUAGCAAUGCGGUAGCGAACUGGCCCGGAAGACACCAGAACUCGACAUUUGCCCGACCUGAUCCGGGUCUUCGACCCAUGGACUACGGAAGUUAGAAGAAGAGAGCCACGGAGCCGCCCUACAACGGGCGGUGGCGAAAUGGCAUUCACCAAGCUU